AUGUGUCAUGAUACAGCCCCUAUCCAAAAUACGCUUUAUGGAUUUAUUGUUUCACCAGCUUAUCCUCGUCCAAUGGCAGAUAAUUUAAAAUGUUCUAUUAAUAUUGAGGCGGGUCCAUCAAUGUAUAUUGAAUUAGCACCAAUCCAAAUACGUUUACAAGAAGCAAUUAGAUGCCGAUCUGAAUAUUUAGAAAUUUUUGGAUAUAUUAAUUCACUAAUCAAUAAUUCCUUUUCUGAUGAUAUAACAUCAAAUAAAAAUUCUAAAAAUAUUUGGAAAUCCUAUUAUACAUGGUGUGGUGUUGAACAUUCAACAAAUAACCCAUUAUCAAAUGCACGUUAUCUUAUUUCGUCCAAGUCAUUAUAUAUAUCAUUACAAACAUCUGUAUCAAAAAAACCAAGAUAUUUUAAGAUACGAUAUAAAGUUGUUCCAUCAAUAGCACGCCCACAAUAUAAUCACGAUGGUAUUGCAUAUGAGCCAGCAUCUGACUCAUCAAUACAUUCUGUUAUAAAAUCAACAACUGUUCUAUCAACAACAAUAGCUAUACCAGUAAUUGAAGAUAAUAAUAUGAAAAAUUUAAAUGGAACAGUAACAAAACGAACAAUGAAAAAAGAAAUUAUUAUCGGUGUUAUUGCUAGUAUAAUUGUUCUUGCUAUAGCUGUUGGUAUAGGUAUAUUCCUUUGUAUUAAAAAACGUCGACGUCCAACUACAACAUCAAAAUCUACUACAUCACCAUCAUCAACUAAUACAGGGAAAAAGAAUAUUUCACCUACAACAUCUACAAAUAAUGCAGCAUUAAAAUCAAGUACAAAAACAAUGGAUGAAACUCCGCUUCUUGAACAACCAACUAAUAUAACAUCAGCAUAG